AUGAAGCGCAGCUUCUUCUUGUGGCUUUGCAGCAGCUUGCUGGGGAUUGUCCAAAGUGUGAUAUCCAACCGAUCCCUUGCGGUGGAAGCUGUGGAUGCUGUGAAUGCUUCGAUUCGUGCUGGUGGGCAACCUUUGGUUGCGGGAAGCUUAGUUCAUGGCAUGUUGCUGGUGAGGGUGGUGACCUACAAUCUGUAUUGGUGGUGCGUGUCGGACGAGUACGGGAACUGUCCUCAAUACGCAGAUGGAAAGGGAUUUCAAAAAUUGUUUGCCAGAAUCCAAGAGAAUGGCCCCUUUGACCUCAUUGGCUUCCAAGAAUGUGAUGACGUAGGCAAAGUCAUCACCGGCACCAGUUUGGCUACAAGCUUCGAGUACUACACGCCAGCCAAAGGCAACGACGCCCCGAUGGCUUGGCAGCACACCAAAUAUCGUGCAGUGGAUGGGCCGGGUACGGUGUGGAUCGCCAGGGAUAAGUACGGAGACCGCAAGAUGAAUUGGGUCCGGCUUCAGGUCAUCGGAAGUAGCACGACCAUUUUCUUUGCAAACACGCAUGGGCCCUUAGAUCAAUGUGGUGGUGGCCCUGGCGAAACAGUUGCUUCCAACUUCAUCAACGCGGUCUACAGCCACAAGAAGCCAAAAGACCUGGUGGUUUUCACCGGUGAUUUCAACUGUGGCAGCAACCAAGACACGAUCAAGAAGCUUGCUGAGGCCACAGACAGCUCCUACAGUGGUGCUGACCACAUCUUCAGUAGCCGAGACGUGAAAGUGCUCUGGAAGGGUUCGAGUGGCUUGCCUCAACAUCUGGGAGGGCACGUCCCAUGGGCCUAUAACAAACACCAAGCCCUUUUCCCCUAA